AUGCACGGAUCUCUAUCAAUAAUUACAUGUCCUACAAACGGACCAGGAUACGAGCUGAUACAACAGAAAUUUUCUGGCGCUCAGUUUUUCUAUCAAUUUGCAGUCUGCUUUCUUGGAAGCGAAGGCAAUAUUGUUUCGGAGUCGUACCUUCCAUCUCAUUGCACAAGAUAUUCUUAUCAUAACCAGAUGGAAAGAUUUGUCUGCUUUGGGCCCUGUUUGAGUUAUUGCCUUGCCGAAUAUGGCUCCUAUAUUGGCAACAGCGAAUUGGUUGACUUUCUCAGAUGCAUCAGUAUUUCACCAAUCCAUUCUUAUGGUGUUGGAUUCGCUUAUACAGAUUCUUGCGUCCAGUACUCUUGCCAAUCACAUGAGCGCUGCAGAUUCGGGCAUAAACACCAAUGCACUUUAGGCGAAUAUUAUCUUCCAUUUACCGAAGAAUGUAUCUCCUGCCCAGAUGGCACUCUUGCGAACUCAUUGCAGAAAGAGUGUGUAAAUUGUGAUUCUGGCUUUUUUUGUCAAAACGGGCAGAGAUACACUCCGUCAACUGGGUAUUAUAUUCUUGAUGAUCAGUCAGCACAAUCAAUCUGCGAAGCCGGUUUCAGAUGCCAGGAAGGGCAGCGUUUCCAAUGUCUUCCUGGAGAAUAUCAACCAUUAUCAGGUCAAACUUACUGUAUUUCAUGUCCCGAAAAUAUGUGGUGUCCAAGUUACGAAAUGACCGACUAUCAGUCUUGCCCGCUCGGAAACACAUGCUCUGGUGCGACAAAAACUCCAUGUCUUGCUGGCGAGUACACGCCUCAAGCUGGCAGCGCUUGCGUCACUUGUAUUUCGGGCUCUUAUGCUGUGAAUAAUGGAGAAGCUUGUGAGCUCUGUCUGCUGCAUCACUAUUGUGUGAAAGGACAAAUGUUUCCUUGUCCUCUUGGAACGGAAGCAUUGACUACAGGACUAAGUGUUUGCCAAUCAUGCCCGGCGUAUAGUUACAAGAAUGGAAACAUGGAGGACUGCGAGCAAGUCCCAGAUGGAUAUACCACUGAAGAUGGUAUCUCCCUGCUUCCAUGUGAAAAGGGUCAUUUUUGUCUUCAAGGCUUAUCGGAACCAUGCGAAGAGGGACACUACCAAGAACAAACUGCACAAGGAAGCUGCAAACCAUGCGAGAUAAAUAGAUACCAACCCGAGAAGCAAAAAGAUUUUUGCAUCGAAUCCGCGCCUGGUUAUCAAGUUUUAACCAGAGGAUCUGCGAAGAGCGAGCCUUGCAACUUCGGAUUCUUUAACCCGGACAAGAUGGCUUCAUGCAAAAGCUGCGAAGCCGGAUUUUAUUGCGAUGAGGAAGCGCUGACUCAUCAAAAAUCAUGUGAGCCGGGAACGUAUCAAGAUGAGCCAGAAUCGACCUUCUGCAAGGAUUGUCCAUUGGGUCACUAUUGCCCGACGGAGAAUCUCACUCAACCGAUUCUUUGCGCAUCUGGGUGGCUUGCAACAUCUCUAGGAAGCACUGCUUGUUUCAAAUGCGAUGAUGGAUUCGAAGAAGAUAAAGAAGUUCCUAUUGAAGACGGCACUUUGAGAUGCAAGAUAAUUAAAUAUGGGAUUGGUUUUUAUUAUUUUUAUUUAGCAAAAUUUAAGCAAUUACAAACCUUGAGCAGAUUAAAAUCAAAAUUGGAAGACAAAAAAGUGAUCGCCCGAGCAGUCCCUUUUGAGACGACAGAAGAAUUUCAACUCCUUGGCGACAACCUUGAUGGUCGAAAAAUCUGUCUUGGUUCGUCUUUAGUCUCCUCAACGCAAACCAUGUAA